UGUAGUGGUCUCCGAUUGAGCAGCUUGGCAACUUGUCAGCAGGAUAGCGAUGAAGAAAAACGAAUCCUUAGGGAAAACAAGUUGUCAAAGUUGGAUGAAAUAUCUCUUGAACGUUUCAUUGUCAGAAAGAAGAAAUUGGAGGAGACUUUCCGUGGCGACUGCCAGACGUAUGCGUUUGUCACCAAAAAGCUCAUUGAGAAGGAUCCCACAUUGGAAUCACAGCUCCGUAUUGCUCUGAUCGAGAAUAUGGAAGAUCUCGAAAAGCAAGUUUAUGAACAAGUCGAUGUGUAUCUUGAUACUAUAUGUGACUGA